CGUGCAGCAUCGAGAUGCCAAGACCCAGAGCAGGCAGGCCUCGCAAGGAGCAGAGGGAAUUCGGAAUCUGCGAGUGAGAACUCAGUGAUGCGGCAAGAGCACCACGCAAACAGUGAGAUCACCGUCCUCUGGGCCGGCGUCUAUUCAAACACUGCUCGCUCUCCUCAGAAGACAUGGUAUGGGCCAUCCUCUCUGAUCUACUUCAUCAGCCGUAUGGACCAUUUCCUCAAUGUCUUGUUUCGACAGCCGGGCUCGGAGGGAAGCAUGCAACUCAAAUCCGCCAGCAAGGUCCUUGAUGGCAUUCACGAUGGCCCCAAGCCCAUGGGGAACCAAGAUGGCCGCGAGUCUGACGCGUUGCGCGAACCAAACGAGCCGAGCCGCCACGGAUUCGAAUCCGUGAAGGAUACCCAAAGCGCAGACUCACACAACGCCGUCACUUGUACUGAGAACCUUACGCCUACACAGGAGGAAUAUUUUCUCAACCUUUACUGGCAGUCUUACCACACCUCCAUGCCCAUCCUGGACGAAACAGAGUUCUGUGCCCACUACAAAUCGCUACGGAUGCCUGCUAGGAAACAUCGGAAACCGUCGGCUCUGGUAGACAUUGUCGUUGCCCUCUGCAUGCAAUACGGCACUGCGAUUCAGCCUGCGCAAUGCGGAGAGGCGCAGGCUGCUUCCCGAGACAUGGAGACGGAACUCGGAAGCGAUGACUCUACCAUUGCCGGCAGAUGGCACUACCGACGAAGCCAGGCACUCAUGGCCUCCGAGCUGGAGAGCCCGAGCCUCAGCACCCUGCAGUGCCAUAUCCUGACGGUCAUCUACCUGUGUUGCGCAUCCUUCCAAAACAUGGCCGACAGUACCCUCGCCGUAGCCACUCGGACAGCGACCAUGCUGGGCCUCCACCACGAGCCUGGCGCCGACCUUCCCCAGAAUGAGCGGGAGCAGCGAAAGCGGGUCUGGUGGUGCCUGUGUGUCCUCGAGAGCAAGACGAGCAUGAAGCUCGGCCGGCCUUUCCUCUUGGACCUUGACCGCGCGACAUGCGGCCUGCCCAAGGAUAGCCAAGACGUGGGCGGGUCCUCGUUCGCCUCCCCGGGAGACAGCGCAACCUGGCUCACGUUCAACCUCCUCAACAUCAAGCUCGUCCUGGCUGCACGAUCAGUAUAUACUCCUUUUUACCGGAAUCAAGUUUCCUAUGCCACCAGGGGCGCCGACACUCCUGCGGCGACCUUGACAGGCGAGGCAGUGAACAUCACCGUUUUCGACGAACCUCAGGUGCUCGAGAUACAUGCCCAACUCUUUGAAACUCAUAUGAGGGCUUUAAAGAAUUGGGUGUAUGAAGUUCCCUCUGCGUUGAAGACUAAGCGCAAGAAUGGCGGUGAAGCUCUUUCCACAGACUUGUCACCAUUGGACAUCGAGGUGUUCGCACCAACGUGGCUGAAGAGGCAGAGACUCCUGCUGGAGCUCCUAUACCACAACUUUGCCACCAUCUCCGCCGAGUCUGCAUACGCCACUAUCGACAUCUCAGCCCUCCAGUGCUUCUGUCCUCAGCGCAAAGCACGGUCAUGCCACAGUCCAUCCAACUGUGUCCGACGCCCAUUCAGAUAG